CUCAUUAAUACCGGUUUUGUCGUUUGGUGUUAUUGGAUUACCGAGUCUUAAAAAAAAUAAAAAUUCUCUUUCAGCAAAUAACUAAAGGAAUAUGAUAUGUGUAAAAGCGUAAAAUAAUCAGAAAAACAUCUGUGGUAAAAUUACUAUGCAUAGGAAUUUCUUUGAAUUUAGAAGAACCAAAUUUAGUAUGCCAUCAAAUUUUAAUCUGAGAAUGAUCAAGGUGGAAUAAAAAGAAUGUCCCAUUCUGGAUCUACAGCUAGUUCUGUAAAACGUCAUAUUAGUGGAACUUCUAAUCAAUGGUCAGAAACACCUGAGAUGCCAAGUGAUAUUUCUCAACAUUCGUUAUCAUCCCAUCAUCAUCAUAAUUAUGAUCCUGAAUGGGAGGCCAAGGAAGAACUGAGAUUGAGAGAAUUAGAAGAAGCACGUGCUAGAGCUGCUCAGAUGGAAAAAACAAUGAGAUGGUGGUCAGAUUGCACUGCUAAUUGGAGGGAGAAAUGGAGCAAAGUAAGAACUGAGAGGAAUAAAGUUAGAGAAGAGGCUAGAGUUCUUAGAGGUAAAUUAGAAGCAGUUAUGAAAGAAUGCAAUACACUGAAACGUGAGAAACAAGAUUUGGAAACAGAAGUGGACCGACUUCGAAAAGAAAUGAAAAUUUUAGGUGCCAAAUUAGGUCAGAAUGAAAAAAAGAAUGAUGUUCCUUAUGUAACGGGACAAAUUGGGGAAAGAGUUGCUGCAGAGAGAGAUAUAAGUCCAGCUGAAAAGUUAUCAAUAAAUAAUGAAGGAUCAAUAUCAAUCAGACCUACAAAUUUAGAUAAUUUAUCUAAUAAAAGUGGGCAAAAUGCAACAGAUGUUGGCCAACAUACAAAUGAAGAUUUAGAAUUUUUAGAUAAAUUAUUGCAACAGAAAAACAAUAGUGAGAUUAAUUCUGUGACGAGUAGUAAUAUUUCUUCCAUAAAUGAUAAAAAGAGCAAAUCUCAAAGGGGAAUAGAUGAAGUUACAAGUCCUAUACAAGAAUUGACUGAACAGAAAAUUGCAAUGUUACAAUUACGAUUGGAUGAGGCAUCAAAAACUAUUUCAAUUGAAAGGCAAGAGAAGAGCAAAUUAAUGAAAACUAUGGAAAAAUUACAAACAGAAUUGAGUCAAUUGAGGGAUAAAUAUGAGAAUUUGAAGAAAUCAAGACAGGAUACUUUAAAAGAAUUGAAUCAAAUGAAAGCUGAACAUCAAGAUGAAAUAGAUAGUAUCAGAUUAGAUUUAGAAGAUGAAGCUAAUAAUCGUACUACUUUAGAUCAGAGAUUGUCAGAAUUAAGAGCAGAAUUAGAGAGACUUCAAGCUGAAAAUGCUGCUGAAUGGGGUCGUCGUGAAAGACUAGAGACUGAGAAAUUAGCAUUGGAGAGGGAAAAUAAAAAAUUGAGAACACAAAUUGAAGAUUUGGAAGAGAGGUUGGAACGAAAGACAAAACAAAUGACAACAGCUUCUGAUUUUGAUGUAAAAGCACUGCAAAUGGAAUUACAUGAAAAAAACAAAGAAUUAGCUGAUUUAAAACAUGCCCAUGGUAAAAUCAAAAAGGUUCUUCAAGACAAAUCAACAGAAUUAGCACAUGCUUUACGUCGUUCAGAACAAUAUGAAGCAGAAGUUAAAAAGUUAAGAGGACGAAUAGAAGAACUUAAAAAAGAUUUGGCUACUGCAGAAGAUGAAGUUGACAGUGCCACAAAUAAUAUUCGUAAAUUACAAAGAUCAAAUGAUGAACUUCAGGAACAAGUAGAAAGUUUACAAGUUCAAGUAGAACACUUGCAAAGCAGAGAGAGGGAACCUGCAAGAUCUUCCCCAACUCUGGUUGAGGAACCUACCAAGCCAUGUCCUGCUAGCCCGCCACACGAGCAACAGCCUGCAGGGGGAGACCUUCAGUGAAGACGACAUUGCAGAUUAUUAAACGAAGAAUAUUCUGCCAUGUACGUGAAUUACCUGCUGUUCCAAACAAAGUGUGGAAUUAACGACCAAUUUACCUUGGAGUGUCCCCAAACGUAUUAGGUAUUUAUUAUCUUUAGCUAAUGCCGAUAAUCUUUUUUAUCACCAGUCCCGUUUUAUAUACAACAUUAUAUUCUAUUAUCUAUUUUGUAAAUUAUUGAUUAAAAAUAUAUAAAAAAUUGUCAAAUUAUAUAUUGGAAAAUUUAUCUUGCUGAAUUGAAUGUAUACAUGUAUGAGAAUUGUAAAUCUUGUAAAUUUUAAUUUCAGCAUUUAUUGUAUAAUUUGAUAAAGAUGAGAAAUAUUACUAUUGCUUUUUGUAUUAUAAUUUAUAAUUGUA